AGGGCUGCGGAACGUAGGAGUCGUCGUUGCUUCACGUCGCGCGCUUGGGAACGUGGGGUUGCAGAACGGGUCCCCUUCAUCGGGGCUCGCUUCCGGCGCCAUGGCUCAAAGGGCCUUCCCGAAUCCUUAUGCCGAUUAUAACAAAUCCCUGGCCGAAGGCUACUUUGAUUCAGCCGGGAGGCUGACUCCUGAGUUCUCACAACGCUUGACCAAUAAGAUUCGGGAGCUUCUUCAGCAAAUGGAGAGAGGUCUAAAGUCAGCAGACCCUCGAGAUGGCACUGGUUACACUGGUUGGGCAGGUGUUGCUGUGCUUUACUUACAUCUCUAUGAUGUGUUCGGGGACCCUGCCUAUCUACAGAUGGCACAUGGCUACGUAAAGCAAAGUCUGAACUGUUUGACCAAGCGUUCCAUCACUUUUCUUUGUGGGGAUGCAGGCCCCUUGGCAGCGGCCGCUGUGCUGUAUCACAAGAUGAACAAUGAGAAGCAGGCGAAUGAUUAUAUCACACGGCUAAUUCACCUGAACAAGAUUGAUUCCCAUGCUCCAAGUGAAAUGCUCUAUGGACGGAUGGGCUACAUCUAUGCUCUUCUUUUUGUCAAUAAGAACUUUGGAGUGGAAAAGAUUCCUCAAAGCCAUAUUCAGCAGAUUUGUGAAACAGUUUUAACUUCUGGAGAAAACCUAGCUAGAAAGAGAAACUUCACAGCAAAGUCUCCACUGAUGUAUGAAUGGUACCAGGAAUAUUAUGUGGGGGCUGCUCAUGGCCUGGCAGGAAUUUAUUACUUCCUGAUGCAGCCCAGCCUUCAAGUAAGCCAACUGAAGUUACAUAGUUUGGUCAAGCCCAGUGUAGACUAUGUCUGCCAUCUGAAAUUCCCUUCCGGCAAUUACCCUCCAUGUGUGGAUGAUAACCGAGAUCUGCUUGUCCAUUGGUGCCAUGGCGCCCCUGGGGUAAUCUACAUGCUCACCCAGGCCUAUAAGGUGUUCAAAGAGGAACAGUAUCUCUGUGAUGCCUAUCAGUGUGCUGAUGUGAUCUGGCAAUAUGGGUUGCUGAAGAAGGGAUAUGGGCUGUGUCACGGCACUGCAGGAAACGCCUAUGCCUUCCUGACCCUGUACAACCUCACACAGGAUAUGAAGUACCUGUAUAGGGCCUGUAAGUUUGCCGAAUGGUGCUUAGAUUAUGGGGAACAUGGAUGCAGGACACCAGACACCCCCUUCUCCCUCUUUGAAGGAAUGGCUGGAACAAUAUAUUUCCUGGCUGACCUGCUGGUCCCCACAAAAGCCAGGUUCCCUGCAUUUGAACUAUAAAAGGAAAGCAUGCCCCCUGCAACUCUCACUGCAUGACCCUUUCUGUAUAUUCAAACCUGGGCUAAGUGCUUCCGUUGCUUUUCAAGGAAACAUCAAGUGAAACUAUGUACUU